ACCUCAAUGGAAAUAAGAUUUUCAACAUCACAAAUGAAAGUCUACCUUACCUGCCAAAAUUAGAAACCCUUCACUUGUCACAGAACUGUUACCAUCGCAACCCUUGCAACAUGAACAACCAGGUGGAAGACGGAGCGCUCUUACGUUGCAAACGGCUCAAGAAUCUCACUCUUGACUACAAUAACUUGACUUCUGUUCCACGUCACUUGCCGACAACUUUAAGGUCGCUCUCCCUCUCUUACAACAAGAUACAAACUGUAAAGCACGACGAUUUCAGUGAACUGGUCAACUUGGAGAUUCUUGACUUAAGUGGAAACUGCCCCAGGUGUUACAAUGCACCUUAUCCUUGUGAACCAUGCCCUGGUCAGAUUUCCAUUCAAAUACAUCCUUAUGCUUUUCAGAGCCUUUGGAAAUUAAAGAAGUUAUUUCUUGUGAGCAACAGUAUUCGCAAAUUUCCCAUUAGUUGGGUUCAGAACUGCACCAACUUGAAGGUUCUUAACCUUGGCCUGAAUUUCCUGACUUCUGAAAUGGCUACAGGUGAUUUUUUAAACCAUUUACGUGAAUUGGAAGUGCUUGACAUAUCAUAUAACUAUGAAAUAAAAGCUUACCCAAAGGAAAUCAGUCUCUCAUGGAAUUUUUCAAAAUUAGUCUCCCUGAAGCAAUUAAACAUUGAAGGAUAUGUUUUCAGAGAACUUAAUGAGGUUGAUAUUAAACCACUGUACAGUCUGCCCCAUCUUUCUGUUCUAAACCUUGGCACGAACUUCAUUAAGCAGGUAAACUUAACAAUCUUCAAUCGAUUUACAUCGCUAAGUUUAAUAUAUCUGUCAGAGAAUAGAAUCUCACCUCCAUCAGGCGAUGAAGAUCUUUUUUAUGGUUCGAUACGUAAAGAUAAACAUCUUCCUUACACAGGAUCAAGUUUUAAAGGAUCAUAUUUCCAAUCUGAAAAUCAGGGUUACGAUUCUUACGGUGCUAAUGAUCGCAACCGGGGACCGGUGGUAAAGUUGCCGUGCCGUUCUUACGGGAAAACUUUGGAUCUGAGUUUGAAUAGCAUCUUCUUCAUCAACCCAAAGCAGUUUGAAGGCUUCGCAGAAGUGAAGUGCCUGAAUUUGUCAGCAAAUGCCAUUGGCCAAGCGCUGAAUGGUACUGAGUUUGCAUCUCUGCCUGAUUUGAAGUAUUUAGACCUUUCCUUCAACAGACUCGAUCCGGCUUACGAUAAUGCUUUCAAAGAGCUGAAGCAACUGGAAGUAUUGGACUUAAGUUACAACAAACACUACUUUAUCGUGGAGGGUGUCACACACAAAAUGCGAUUCAUUGAAAACCUUAAAUAUUUGAAAGUAUUGAACUUAAGUGAAAAUGCCAUCUUCACCUUGACAGAAUCAGGAUUGUACAGUGACUCGCUCAACAUUUUAGAAUUCAAAGGGAAUCGUCUAAAUAUCUUAUGGAAGAAGGGAGACCAGCGUUAUAUUAGCUUGUUUGAAAAUCUAACUAAUUUAACGCAUCUUGAUUUAUCUAACAAUCUUCUUAGGUCUAUUCCACAUGAUGUCUAUAAGCAUUUGCCACGUAACCUGACAUAUUUGUGUUUGAGUUACAACAAGCUGGAAAUAAUCGAUUGGAAAAACCUACAAUUUUUGAAGAAUCUGCUGACCUUGGAUCUCAGCAGCAAUAAAUUAAUUACUGCCCCUGAUAGAUUGUAUGAAAAUACUAAGUCUCUCCAAACGCUUUUACUUGGAAAAAAUAAAAUUUCCGAACUUCCCAUAAGUUUUCUUACGACAGCAAACAGAUUAAAAUAUCUUGAUUUAAGUAAUAACAAAAUUACAACUUUCAAGCAGUUAAUUUUCCCGACUAGUGAAAAACUCUCCCUGGAAGUCCUGAUUUUAAUAGGGAAUCCUUUUUAUUGCACCUGCGACCUUGCCCCAUUCAUUGCAUGGAUCGAUGCGUGUGACCUAGACAUUCCUCAACUGGCCACCGAUGUCACCUGCAAUUCACCUGAAAACCACCGGGGGCAGAGCAUUAUUCUCCUUGAUCAGCAUGCAUGUAGCAUGGAUGAAGUUGAAGCUAUAUUAUGCUUGGCUUCAGCAAUUGUAAUUGUUAGCACUCUGGUUAUAAUGAUCACCCAUCAUCUGUUUUACUGGGACGUAUGGCACUUUUACUAUUUCUGCACCUCCAAGUGGAAAGGGGAUGGCUAUCAUUCUCUUAGCAUGCAGAACUGUUUCUAUGAUGCAUUUAUUGCUUAUGACGUUUCCGAUCUGUCCGUGACAGACUGGGUGGUUAAUGAACUGUUAGUUCACUUGGAAGACAAGGGGGAAACGCCCUUCUCGCUGUGUUUAGAGGAGAGAGACUGGGGCUUAGGCUUGGCUGUUGUGGACAAUCUUUCUCAAAGCAUUCAUGGGAGCAAAAAGACUGUGUUUGUGCUCACGAGAAGUUACAUCAAGAGGGGGACAUUCAAGACUGCUUUUCAAAUGGCCCACCAAAGACUAUUGGAUGAAAAUGCAGAUGUGAUUGUGCUGAUCCUGUUAGAACCUGUUUUAAUAAACUCAAAGUACCUGAGACUGAGGAGAAGAAUAUGCAGCAGCUCUGUACUGCAAUGGCCCAAGAACCCGAAAACUGAAAACUUUUUCUGGCAUUGUUUACGAAAUGUGUUAGCAACAAACAAUGCAUCGAGAUACAAUACAAUUGGUGAUUUCACUUAACUCCAAUUGAACAUUGAUUCUUUUAAUCCCCAAAAUGUGUCAUCUCUAUUGUAGAUGGAUUGAAUGCUCAAAAACCCUUCUUAAUUAUUUAUCCUU